AUGGCCUCGCCGCCAGAGCUGCCUCGGCGCGCAAUGUAUUCGUCAACAACUCACUGCUGGAUUUCUACUCCAAAUGUGACUGCAUUGGUGAGAUGGAGAAGCUGUUCGACGAGCAAUGUCUCGUAUAAUGUCGUGAUCGCGGGUUAUGCUUGGAGCCGAUGUGCCGGCACCGUGCUGCGGCUGUUCAGGGAGAUGCAGAUACAUGCUCAGCUGGUCCUCCUUGGCCUUUCUUCAGAGGAUCUUGUGCGCAACGCUCUGAUUGACAUGUACUCGAAAUGCGGCAUGCUCGACGCUGCAAAGACCAGUUUUGCCAACAAAAAUGACAAGACUGGCGUUUCAUGGACAGCGAUGAUAACUGGUCAUCUUCAGAAUGGGCAGCAGGAAGAAGCGCUGCAGUUUUUCUGUGACAUGAGAAGAGCUGGUGUGAGCCCGGACAGGGCGACAUUUUCAAGCAUCAUUAAGGCUUCCUCGAGCCUGGCAAUGAUCGGGUUAGGAAGUCAAUUGCAUUCUUACCUAAUAAGAUCAGGCCACAUGGCCAGCGUGUUCUCAGGAAGUGCCCUUCUUGACAUGUACGCAAAGUGUGGCUGUUUGGAUGAGGCGCUCCGGACAUUUGAUGAGAUGCCUGAGAGGAAUUCCAUCUCGUGGAACGCUGUUAUUUCAGCCUACGCGCACUACGGGCAGGCAAAGAAUGCCAUCAAGAUGUUUGAAGGUAUGCUUCGCUAUGGGUUUAAACCAGAUUCAGUCACCUUCUUGAGUGUACUGUCAGCAUGCAGUCACAAUGGUCUUGCAGAAGAAUGUAUGAAAUACUUUGAACUGAUGGAACAUGAGUAUGGCAUAUCUCCCUGGAAGGAACACUAUUCGUGUGGGAUAUUUUAUGAUUUGCCAAAGUACACAUUAGGCCGGGUGGGACGUUUCGAUAAAGUUCAGAAAAUGUUGAGCGAGAUGCCAUUUGGAGAUGAUACAAUCAUUUCGAGCUCUAUUCUUCACUCCUGCAGGAUCCAUGGAAUCCAGGAUUUAGCUAGAGUGGCAGCUGAAAAACUGUUCAGUAUUGGGGCCACAGACGCGACACCGUACGUUAUACUGUCCAACAUAUAUGCGAAAGCUGGUAAAUGGGAAGAUGCUGCACGUGGGAAGAAGGCCAUGAGAGAUCGAGGACUUAGGAAAGAGUUGGGUUACAGUUGGGUUGAAAUCUAUAGCUUUUCUUCGAAUGACCAACCCAACCCAAUGAUAGCUGAGAUUAAAGAUGAGCUAGAGAGGUUGUACAGAGAGAUGGACAGACAAUGA